AUGAUGGAAAAUACUCGUGCUAUACCUUUUGUGCCUAUUUCUAUCUACAUCACAGGGACAAUGCUCAAUUUCUUUUUGCUCUACGUUUACUGGCACUGGUAUUGGCAUGUGGAUAGCCUAUGGAGUUCAGCUGUGAAAAUUCGUUUUGGACAGAUUGUGCGAAAUGCAAACAAUCGCUCAAGGAGGGAUAAGCCAAUGAGGCCCAGAGAGUCUAUAGAAGAACCACAGGAGCUCACAGUGGAAAAGCUUAUGCAUUUGUCGGAAAAUUCUUGGUCCGAUACGGAUGCUCCAGAAGAUUCUGUAACCAACGAUGUGACAAAUAGUCGUCGGUUACAAAAGCAAGAAACCAACGUUUCCCUAAUUUUUCAAGAAGCUGAAGCCGCUCGUGCUAAUGGAGAAGUUCUAAAGGACAGAUUGAAGCGCCCUGCAGUGGGAGAGGAGAAGGCUUCCAAUGUACUGGAACUCCCUCUCACUUCAAAAACCGUUCGAGCGAGAUAUCCCCAUGAACCACCGGUGAUUAAGGCUUUGAUGAAACGAGGAAAAGACGAGAUUGUAGCAAAGCAGCUUGAUGGAGCAGUGAAAAGGGCUAUGUACAGGAGGAGAUCAACUAGAGAAGUAAGCAUUGACCAAGACGAUCAGCCUACUUCUGCCAGACCUCGUGUAACCAUCUCCAACUUGCAAACAGUAUCGAUUUAUGAAGAGGAUAAGGAAAGCGAUGAAGAGCCUAAUGCAGAUAUAAGCUCUUCAGUCAAGACGAAAACGACAGAGCAAAACAAUCAGAAGAAAGCAAAACGAACAAAGAAAAGUACACCACGCAAAAGCGCUAUUUCUCCAAGAGCUGCAAGGGCCCUUGCAAAAAGGCAAGCCACAAAACCGAAACCUCCUGCGAAACUACCCAAUGGCUCGGUUCCCAACAACAGCAAAACUCGUUUUAUGGGACGUCAAUCCACGGAGUCAAUAAACCCCAUAGCAGAGCCCAUGCCUCAAGAGACAGUAGCUUCAGCCUUAUCAACUCCCAGUCCACCACCACCUCCACCGAUCGUGGCCACACGACUUGCUCCAGAUGCUGUUGAAAACUUAGUGCUAAAAGCACAGGAAGAAUUGCGAACGGGCCGAACUAAAGAGUUUGCCGCGGAAGAGCGUAGACCUCGGCGAAUUCUACCAAGAACCCCAGAUGAGAAUCCCAGCGGGGAAAUUCCCAGGGCAAAGUUCUACCUGCAGAAUUCGCAUCUAUAG